ACCUCCUUGUCAGCGAUCCCGCGAUUCGAUACGCGACCAGGCUGACCCCUCACCCCCCUUAACCAUGUCGUUCCAGCGGGUGACGAGAGGAUGCGCUGAGAAGCGGGCGCCAGUGCGGCGAGGCUUGCCUCUGUUGGUGCUAGCCACGGCGACUAUGCGACGGAAGGAAGGGAAAAAACCCCCUCCUGAGAUGAGGGAGAGAGCUCGAUAAACGAGAUGCAAUCGCGACAUCGGCUGUGAACUCUGGAACUCUGGAACUCUGGAACUCUGUCCGGAAUCAGCAGUUGCUCCGCUCCGACAAUGGACGACGGCCCCCGACCCCCUCCUUCACCACCACCACCAGGAUCCCUACACUCGGACAAUGUCUCCGCCCCACGCGCACCCGCGAAGACGCCCGUCUAUGCACCCUACACCUGGCGCCGCUACAUCCACGUCCUGCUGCCCCUGGCCGCCUAUGCCUACAGCGUGUACAUCACGCAGUCUACCUGGCUCCUAGCCGUCCCGGGCGGCUUCCCAUUCGCCGUGGCCAUCACCGCCGGCGUGACCGGCCUCGGCUUCGUGGUGUCUGUGCCGUUGUACCCGGCGCGCAACCGGCCGGCCUCGUUCCCCGAGCUCGAAAUCCCCUGGUCGCGCCGCUCCAAGCUGCGCGCCUUCGCCGUGAAUGCGCUACACGACUUUCACUGGCAUGGCGGCUUGUCGCUGGGCUCAGUGCUUAACUUCGGUGUCGCCUGGGCCGUUGUCGGCGUCCUGGGCAUCGACGACGCCGCAAAGUACAAGAGCGCAAAGGCGCUGUGGGUGGCGCGGCUGAAGCGCAUCGCGCUGUACGGCGCCGCGUGGUUCGGCACCAACUACUACAUACACGUACCGUACGUGAGCGCGCUGUGCAACUACCUCUUCAGCGUGCAGCUGCGGCUCAUCUUCGUCACUUUCUGCGACAUGAUGCUCGCGCACCUGCUGUAUCCACCGCUCGGCCUCCUCGGUCGCCUGCGUACGCUGCUCUACCUUCUCUUUUCUGCCGCCAUCGGCUUCACAAUGCUGUACACGACGCCGCUGCUCGACCCAUGGUACCCGAACGUGACGAGCAGCAACCUAGGCCUGGACAUCGUCCCGGCCAACAGCACAUGCCCGGUAGCGGCGCAGGCACUGCUCUACCAGCACGCGUGCUUCGCGCAGAUCGAGCUCACCGACCCCUUCGCGCUGCACAAGCAGGCCGCGUGCCGCAACUGGUACCUGAUGGGACGCGAGCGCGCCGAAGUCGACGCCGAGCUGGUGCGCAACGCCGAUGCCGUGGCCGCUUUUUGCUCCGAUACCGAUACCAUGCUCUUGACCGUCUCGGCGUGUAUCGCGCUCAAGACGUAUGGCGAGCGCUUUGAGCCCUUCGGUCGCGCCUUCGACCUCUCGCCCUCGGGUGUCGGGCCUGACGGUGCGUGGCGCCGUGUUGUGGACCGUGAUGUGCUGUGGUGGUGCAUGCUGCGGUUCGAGGAGGAGACGCUGGAAGCGAUGGGAUGGGCGCCGCCGCCUGAGGUGAAGAAUCGUCUGUGGUCGACAUUUGACGGGUGGCGAUAGCAGAACAGUUGUUUGGUUGUCGUGGUGCAUGUGCGCGCUUGUGUCGCUGCCUACCUAGGUAGGUAGGUAGGUGUGGCCCCGAGCUCCCUCGCGCCUGCCUGUUUACUUUAAGC